AUGUACAGUUAACUUCUCUGUUGAAAGCGUUGGUAAACUAGUGUAGUGAAUAUCACUUCACCUCAAGUCCUUCUGUUUCUUUUUCCAAUCAUCUAUGAUUGGCUCUCUUCGAUUUCUCGCCCAAUCUCUCCGGCCCUCUCUUGCUCUUCGCCCUCUGGUGUCCACCCGGUCACAGUCGGCAGUUGUUCAGACGUUCACUGAUCUGGCAGAUGGGCUGCCCGCUCUUGCACCUCAUCCAACACUCGCUCGAUCAAAAGAAUCACUCUCGAGCUCUCUACACUACCCGAACUCGAGCUUAGUGGACCACGAGCGAGACUAGGCACGGUCGAUCAUUUUCAGAUCAAUUCAAACAUCCACAUUGCUCGAGC